AUGGCCGUCUCCGACGGUGCAGUGGCUGCCGCCAUUCGUGAAGGCCGCCCGCGUCGGCGCCGGCGCAGGCGCAGGCAUGACAAGCCCGCCCUCACGGCGCGUCUCGUCCUUGAUGACCAUGUCAAGAGUGACGUUGGCACCCUCUCCGAAGACCUGUUCGCCGACCUCUUUCCGGACUUGCGAGACCGUUGCACGACAAAUGCGCCCACCACCGUCCAUGUCGCCAUUGCACCCUGGACACCGAACCAUGCCCCCGAGACGACUAGCUGGGCGAUUGUUCCCGUCACUAAAUCUUCCGCCCUCGCCCCCUCGACCGUCCAGUUCUCGCCCUCGUCGCUUGCCCUCCAGUCCUUUGCCGCUAACCUCAAGCAGGUUUCCCCCUCGAGGCUGACCGCCCACAGCCGAAGCGGCAUUGAGAUUAUAAUUCUGGAUGUUGCUACGAUAGAGCUGGAUACCGUGUUUGUCAGCCUCGAAGGAGAACUGGCAAAGAGGCUCGAGGACGGAGAGGGUACCUUUUUCCGCGAACAUCCCGCCGUCGCAAAGGCCAAAGCCUCGAGCACUGCCUCUCCCCAGGAUCGUCUGACGGCUGCCCUGCGCACCGCUCUGGGAACUCUCAAGGUCGUACACUCUGGGGAUCUCUUCCCGCUCCCUCUGCCGCCGCAUCCCGUCACCCACGUCCCACCAAACCCAGGAAAAAUAACGCUCUGCGAGCCUGUCGCCCAGGGCAUCCUAUCCCCAAACACAAAGAUUGUUGUCUCGCGAAGCCGUACUCACUCCAAGCAUGACCGGCGAUCUGUGCCCAUACAGUCAGGUCGCAAUCUUAAUGACGUGGGCGAGGAAGACGAGGAUACCGCCAACGACAUGUUCUUCUCUGCCGCUGAAGAGCGCUCUGCCCGCGAGACUGACUUCACCGCCACCGAGAACGACUUCACCGCCACCGAGACAGAGUCUGACGGGCCCGAGGUUGACGAGGAAGGCAUGUCAGACGACUCCAUGGACGACAUGAUCUCUCUUGAGACGCCCACUCUUCCCGCCACCAUAACAAGCGGCAUGCCUGGAACCCCCCUUACAGUUGGCCCGGGGAGGUUAGGGAACGGCAUCAGCGGCCCGGGCUCGGUAUUUUCGAGUUUCACUGCUACAACCGCAAGGCCAGACAGGCCGCGGGGCCGCCUCUUCAGGGCACAGGGGCUGAUGCAGCCCAUUCCACCGCAGGUGCUUCAUCCCAAGCCCGCGCCCGAAGACGACGAAGAGGCGCGCAUCUAUGUAGACGUGCGGGAUCUUACUAGGAUCGGCUGUUUCUCUGGUGACUGGGUGCGCGUCGAGCCCUCCCAGGAGCCCCCUUCGAAUGGCUUCGGGGCCUUUGGCCUGGGCAGUUUUGCAGACCCCGACCCGGACGAGCUGGGCUCGAGGCCCGCUCGCGUCUUUGGACUCCCGGAGGGCUACUCCAACCGGCCCGUGACUAGGAUAGCAAGCUCAAAAUAUGACGGCCGAAGGCUGUCAUUCUUUGAGUCCCAGAUUCAGAAGCCCUUGCACCCUACCGUCCAUCUUUCGCCGAUUCUGCUGGCAAACCUCGACGGUCCCCCCUAUCUACGCCUGGCCCCCAUCAAGCGGGCAUCCCUCGCCGGAAAGGGGGGGCAGUCAAAACUGGCGAGCACGGCCCAGCCGCCGUUUGCACGCGAAGUGAUUCUGCAGCAUGUUAGGACACCCAUACCUGUCGAGCGUGAUGUGCAGACUGCAGUCAUGGCCGGCUUGAAGUUUUACUUUGAGAAGAGACUGCGGAUCAUAAAAAACGGCGACCUGAUCGCUGUGCCUAUUGACACCCAGCUAGGGCGCGCUCUCCAGGAAACGACGGCUGCGGCUAGCGAUGAGUCUGCCGUCGACGACGUCCUCGGGUUGAUCGCUUCGGGACGGACCUCGCGCAAUCUCGAGUACGAUGAAGUAGCUUGGUUCAAGGUCGGCCACAUCCAACCCAUGAGGCGAGAUCCUCCAGAUGAAAACGAGGAGGAGGAAGAUGUCUGGGGCUCCGUCGCCUGCGUCGACAUUUCCCUUGCGCACCUGGAGCAGACCGGUUCCGUGACGAGCCGCGUGCCUGGUACAAUCUCGAGUUCCUGGCCAUACUACUUAGGGACAAAGAAGGCGCCGAAGCAGUCUCCGGGAGCCUCGGGCCCGCUGAUGUUAGAGCCCGAACGGCAGUUUAUCUCUCCCCUGAGAAGGAGGCUGCGGGAGCUCUUGGCAGCUGCCACCAGCAAGCCAGCGCUCCACCUAAAGAUGCCCCCUCUCGCGAUCCUUCUCGUAUCGACGCAGCGGAACAUUGGCAAGGCAACCACUGCCACGCAAGCUUGCCAGGAUAUCGGGCUGCACAAGUUCGACAUUGAUGCCUAUGACAUUGUGAACGAAGCCGGCGCUGGAGGUAGCGAUGUCAAGACGGCGGGCUUUCUAAACUCGCGAGCCGAGCGCGCCAUGAGCUGCGGGCCGGACUGCUGUGUUCUUCUCAUCCGCCACAUAGAGGCGCUGACUGCAGACCGCAUGGUAACGUCCAUCAAGGAGAUUCUAGCCGACGCCAGGGUCCUCGUCGCUACAACAACCGAAGUAGAAAAGAUCCCAGACGGCAUCCGCGCGCUCUUCACCCACGAGCUCGAGAUGAACGCGCCCGAUGAGGGAGAACGAGAGGGCAUUAUCCGGACGGUUCUCGACAGUCGAGGCGUUGCCCUGGACCCAGAAGUAGAUCUGGGUAGUAUUGCUCUCAAGACAGCCGCCCUUGUGGCUGGCGAUCUUGUCGACGUAGUGGAGCGGGCGCUGGUUGCGCAGCGGACCCGCCUAGAGCAGCUCUCUGCAAAGUCGACGAACGAGGACAAGGCCGUGACGGUGCGCGACGUGCAAGUGGCGGGCGGCUCGGCAGCGGCGGGGCUCACGAAGCACGACUUUGAGGUGGCGGUGGAUGCUGCGCGCAAGAACUUUGCCGACGCCAUCGGAGCGCCCAAGAUCCCCAAUGUGACGUGGGACGACGUGGGCGGGCUGAACAACGUCAAGGAGGCCGUCACCGAGACAAUACAGUUGCCGCUGGAGCGGCCCGAGCUCUUCGCCAAGGGCAUGAAGAAGCGCUCGGGUAUUUUGUUCUACGGGCCGCCGGGCACCGGCAAGACGCUCCUGGCCAAGGCCAUCGCCACCGAGUACAGCCUCAACUUCUUCAGCGUCAAGGGGCCCGAGCUGCUGAACAUGUACAUUGGCGAGUCUGAGGCCAACGUGCGGCGCGUGUUCCAGCGUGCCCGCGACGCCCGGCCGUGCGUCGUCUUCUUUGACGAGCUCGACUCAGUCGCCCCCAAGCGCGGCAACCAGGGCGACAGCGGCGGCGUCAUGGACCGCAUCGUCUCGCAGCUGCUCGCGGAGCUGGACGGCAUGUCGGGCGGCGGCGACGACUCCGGAGGGAGCGGCGUGUUUGUCAUUGGCGCCACCAACCGCCCCGACCUGCUCGACCAGGCGCUGCUCCGGCCCGGCCGCUUCGACAAGAUGCUGUACCUGGGCGUGUCAGAUACGCACGAGAAGCAGCUCACGAUUAUGGAGGCGCUGACGCGGAAAUUCACACUGCACCCAUCCGUCUCCCUGCGGGCCGUGGCCGAAAAGUUACCUUUUACCUACACGGGCGCCGACUUUUACGCCCUCUGCAGCGAUGCCAUGCUCAAGGCCGUAACACGGCAGGCCUCGCUAGUCGACUCCAAGAUCCGCGCUCUCAACAACAGCAACAACAGGAACAGCAUCGAUCCCAACGCCAACAAUGGCAAUGGCAUUGCAAAGUCGGGAAGCCACGCCACCGCUGCCAUCUCAACCGCCGCCUUCUUCGACCACUACGCCACCCCGGACGACGUCGCCGUCAUGGUCACGGAGCAAGACUUCCUCGACGCCCACCGAGAACUCAUCCCCAGCGUCAGCGCCGGCGAGCUAGCUCACUACGAGCGCGUCCGCGCAUCGUUCGAAGGCGGUGGUGCCGAGAGCAACAAGAGCGCUGCCACAGCAGCCCCGGCACGGGGUCCUUCUCGCGGUGGCGUUCUGGCCCUAGGGGGGCCACCUGCGGCCAAGCGAGCUGCUUCGGGCGCGUCGAGGUCCGGCAAGGCUGGCAGGACGGCCAAGGCGAAGGGUAAGGGCAAGGCCGAUGAAGAAGGCGGCGACGGGGGGUAUGACCAUGGUGGUGGUAGUGAUGGUGGUGGCGGUGGCGGCGCUGCUGAGGGCCUUAACGGUGGUAGUGGAGGAAGGGGGAGGGACAAGGGGAAGGGGAAAGCGGUCGACUCUGCCCCGGCUCUAGCGCCGUUCCGGGACGGGACGGGGAGUGACGAUGAGGCACUGUAUGAUUGA